GACAACGACUUCCAACGAGAUUAAGUCAAUGUACCUUCUCUUACGACUUUUGUCCAUUUUCAUCUAAACACAUUUUCACAACAAUUUCUCCAAUCUCCAUCAUCAUCAUCAUCAUCAUCAUCCUUCAUCAAAUAUCUUAGGAUACACAAAACUUUCUUCUUUCAUAUUUUCAUUCAUAAACUAAUCCUAAUUUCUUUAUUUGUUUACUCUGUUGCAAUUUCCCAAAUAUUCAAAUCUUAUGAAUUAAAAUAUCAUUUCCUCUAUCUUGUGGAUGUAGAGAGAUCAAAACGACUGAGUUUUGAUCUCCUUCAACUACAAGUUGGUCGAAGAAACCCAGUUCAGAUCUUCACAUUUCCCCAUUUUUUAUAUCUUUUUCCUCAAAAUCUGGGCGCCAUGAAAUGAAUAUACUAAGAUGCAAUCAGAGGAAAGCAGUAGCUAGUUAUAAUGUGCCUUAAAAAACUUCUUGUGGCUAAGACUUGUGAUAAUGCAGGGGAAGAAAAAUCUUUGGAGUUUCUCUGUCCCUUAUUCUCAUCAAUAUGGCCGCUGUAAUGGAAAAAGCUGAUGAAAAUCUACUUCCUUCUGUCUACAAGGAAGUUAGUCAAGCCUUCAAUGUUGGACCUGUUGAUCUCGGGUAUCUGACAUUUAUGAGAAACUUUGUUAGGGGCUUAGCGUCACCUUUAGCUGGGAUACUUGUUGUACGCUAUGACCGGCCAACAAUACUUGCCACGGGAACCUUCUUCUGGGCAUUAUCAACUGCAGCAGUGGGUGCAAGUCAGCACUUCGGGCAAGUUGCUUUCUGGAGGGCAGUCAAUGGGUUUGGGCUAGCAAUUGUGAUACCUGCACUUCAAUCUUUUAUAGCCGAUAGCUAUGUUGAAGGUGUGAGGGGAACUGGUUUUGGUCUGCUUAGCUUCGUGGGUUGUUUUGGUGGCAUUGGAGGUGGUGUUGUGGCCACUGUCAUGGCUGGUCAUGAAUUCUGGGGUGUUCCUGGGUGGAGAGUUGCCUUCAUUAUGAUGGCUAGUCUGAGUAUGCUGAUAGGCAUACUUGUUUUCCUGUUUGUUGUAGACCCGAGAAACUAUUCAUCUACUGAUGCUCCUGAAAGGAACGCUUUGAUUGGAAAACACAAUGCAGGUUCAACAUCCAUUUGGAGGGAAUCCUUGACGGCAAUGAAGGUUGUUAUAAAGGUGCCAACUUUUCGGGUUAUUGUGUUGCAGGGCCUGAUGGGUUCACUUCCAUGGACAGCCAUGGUGUUUUUUACCAUGUGGUUCGAAUUAAUUGGUUUUGAUCACAAUGCUUCAGCAGCACUCCUUAGUCUCUUUGCACUUGGAACUGCAAGUGGUGCUCUCUUUGGUGGGGCAAUUGCAGACAGGAUAACGCGUUCGUAUCCUCAUUCGGGCAGAAUAAUGUGUGCUCAAUUUAGUGCAUCCAUGGGCAUCCCAUUCUCAUGGUUCCUAUUGACCGUGAUUCCUCAGUCAGUAAACAGCUGGUUCACUUAUGCAACCACUCUGUUUCUUAUGGGCCUGACCAUCAGUUGGAAUGGUGCGGCUUGCAAUCAACCAAUGUUUGCUGAGGUUGUCCCCGCUAAACACAGGACUAUGAUCUAUUCAUUUGACCGUGCAUUUGAGGGUUCAUUCUCUUCCUUCGCUGCACCACUGGUUGGAAUACUAUCCGAAAAGAUAUAUGGGUACAACCCAAAAUCUGUUCACUUUGGUGCAGGGUCGACACAAGAGGCCUAUGCUUUGUCCCGGGGACUUUUUACAAUGAUGGCAGUUCCAUUUGGAUUAUGUGCGUUGUUUUACUCGCCUUUGUAUUGCGUAUUUAAGCACGAUCGUGAGAAGGCUAGGCAAGCUAGUUUGAAGGAAGAAGUUGGUCUUAGUCUAGCAAUGGACAAAGACUGAUUCAUCUUUUUUGUUAAAAACACAGUUUACAGUUAUUGUUUAGAGCUAGGUCAAGUAAGCGUUGAUCAUAUGAUGAUGCUUACACCAUACGACUAACGAGUUAUAGGGAGCAGAUAUCCACUUGAGCAUGAGAUUCCACUUUAGCUACAUGAUGUAGAAUGCCACUUUUGUGUUAUACUUUAAAUGCAUCGAUUGUUCGAGGCUAAAAUCAUUAUUUUCUUGACUAAAA